GGUGGGGUUGGUCUGGGCCUCAGCUGUGCCUUUAAGCAGCUCUGGAGCUCUGCCUGGGAUCCUGGAAGAAUCACAAGUCCACCCAUUUGGAAAGGAAACAGUUAAAGUAGAAAAGUUUGCCAGGAAAUUGAAUAAACUAAAAGCAGUGCUUAGGUCUCCUGAUGACGAGCUCGGUGGAGCCCACGGCUAGAGCCAGUGAACAGAGCUGCUGUGUCUGCAGGCUGCUGCUUCCCUCCCACUCCAUUUACAGCUCUGCUAAACAAAAAAGGGAUUGGGCUUGGGACCACAAGCUGGGAGCCAGUGGAGCUCGGUCUGCCAGCAGCACUGCUGGUCCCACUUUUCUAUGUGCCUUUCUGAAUCUCUCUGUCCUCAAGAUGUCUCACCACAUGAACAGCUCCAUGCUGCCAACCUCACAUCCUCCUGAGCAUCACCACGCCACCACAGCCUCGGGACAUGGUCAUGGAUCUGACAUGAUGAUGAUGGCCAUGACUUUCCACUUCAGCUGUGAGAAUGUGCCAUUGCUGUUCUCUGGACUUACAAUCAAUUCUCCUGGAGAAAUGGCUGGUGCUUUUGUGGCUGUCUUCUUCCUGGCCAUGUUUUAUGAAGGCCUUAAGAUUGCUCGGGAGUGUCUGCUCCGUAAAUCCCAAGUCAGCAUCCGCUAUAACUCCAUGCCAGUGCCCGGCCCCAAUGGCACCAUCCUGAUGGAGACACACAAAACCGUGGGCCAGCAGAUGCUGAGCUUGCCGCACCUGCUGCAGACUGUGCUGCACAUCAUCCAGGUGGUGGUCAGCUACUUCCUCAUGUUGAUCUUCAUGACCUACAACGGGUACCUGUGCAUCGCCGUGGCCGCGGGAGCGGGCACCGGAUACUUCUUCUUCAGCUGGAAAAAGGCGGUGGUGGUGGAUAUCACAGAGCACUGCCAUUAACGCUGGGUGUGCCCGCACGCCUCUCCACCCCACUGCUCCCUGCAAGCGCAGCCACCUGAGGACUGGAGCAUUCCUAAGCUGCCAAGAGAAUCAUGAUAAAAAAAAAAUCAACUGGAGUUCACCACGGGUUCCUGGAGGGAUACAGGGAUGUGAGGAGCUGGGACGUGCUGCUCCCCUUGACUCUUGAGAGUCCGUGGCAGCCAUUCUUGGCCAGGAUUUGCUUUAUUCUUAGAUUAUGCUGUGAUUGAAAUUAGUUGGCUGACAGAACAGUAGAAAUUACUAUUUUAAAAAGAAAACCAUUUUAUUUUUAAAUUGUAAACGCUCAUCAGUGAGGGUCUAAUGAACAGUAGGAAAAGAUGAAAGUUGCCAAUAAUGUGUGAAUGGCUGUUUUAAUUUUGAUUUUUUUUCAAUGUGUACAUAAUGCCAGGGGAGGAGAUUGCCCUGGCAUUAUGGCUUUUGGGGCCAAUGACACCUUUUGCUGUAGGACUCAGCCUCUGAGAAAGAUUUGGUGCUGCACAUCAGACACGCUCAGGUGUGUCCUGGCAAGGGAGGACUUCGACCCAAGGAUGUGACUUGUGUGCUUCAGGGGUUGGAUGAACCUGCCCUUCAAGCCCACUAGAGGAUGAUGAGUGUUGUUAAUCUGAUGUAUCCAGCAGCUUUACUCAGCCUCCAGGGAGAACACUUGACUUUGGCUGCUUUCCCUUCCCAAUUAUGGAACAGAUGCAGGAUGAUAGUUCUGUAUUUACAGGGCAAAAAGAUUCCAAAUAAACCAUUGAACCCACAGGUACUUCAUGUGGAACUGCACCUGGAUAGAACUAAAGCUAAGUUUUGGGUUACUAGAACUCUAAAUGAGGCAAGAGAUAAAUAAUGUUUAAUUACACUAAAGUUAAAAUGGCUGGAGGAUAUUCCUGGAUGGAGGUGAAAAAGGAAAACUAACUACGUUUCUGUAAAGGAGAGAUUUGGGGAAGAGGAGAAGGGAAAUACAGGACUACAGCUGUCUUCAGUGUCUUCUCAGGUGAAAUUUGGAGCAGUGUGGGCUAAUCAAAAAGUAUUCCUGACCCAGAUGACUCCUCUUUGUCUUGAUAAUCACAGUGUGCCCAUGCUGGAGGUGCAGGUUCUCAGUGCUGUGGUGCAGUGAAGAACUCAGUCAGUGCUGUGGGCUCUGCCCCAUGCCCAGGCAGGACAGGCUGUGAGGGGGCAGAACACCCUCCUGCCUGCCUUGUGCCAGGCCAGGCCUGGGGAGCAGCUCUGGUUUAGCACCUGGAUGUUAAAAAAGUUGUGCAGAGUGGUACAAAGCAGUUUGUGCCUCUAAUUGGCUGGAAGAGAGGACAGUGGGAAUUUGAGAACAGGCACCACUUUCAGACUGGGACUGGUGUCUGGGACAUGCCAUGAGAACAGGGAAUCCUGCUGGGAUAAAGCCUGUGGGCACACACAGGAAGGUUUGUUUUCCUUUUUCCCUGAAGAUGCUGCUGGUGACUGCUGGCAGCAGCUGUGUGAGGAAAGCUGAGCUUUGGAUUGAGAGUUUUUAGCCCCUGAGCCUUAGGGGGUGAGGCCACCCCUGUGUACCUGGGUGCUCCAUGGUGCUGGUGCUGCUGUUCCUGCACAGAGCCCACCCUCCCAGUCUCUUUAAGGAAAUCCAGUGCUGCUGCUACCAGGGCUUGAAUUGCACCUCCUAAAGUCAGCCCUCCUGGGCUGGUGCCAGCUGUUUAUUUGGACAUCUUGUUUUCUCUGGACACUGCAACUAGAGAAUAAAAGGAGCUGAGUUAAAAGCAGACUUAGGUUCCUAAAUAGCUGCUUUCUGUAGGAAAUUCACAUCUGGGUGAAAGAGGCAAAGUUAUUUUCAUGGAAAAGUUCUAGCCACCUCCUGCUGAGAGACAGGAAAAGUGCUUCCUUCCCCAGUCUGAUCUUUGAAGGGAGUUCUGUCUUACAGAACCUAUGGGUGCUCUCUCUCCACCUGUCACAAAGGUGAAACUCUCCUGUGCCCUCCAGGCAGUCAUGGGAGGGGAAACCUGACCCUCCCCAUCCCUGGAGAGCUGGGAGGAAUGUUAGUGUUGACAGAGAAAAUGGACAAUCCCUUCCCACUCCUGCUGGAACUGAGAGGAAAUCUGGGUGUUCAUCAGAGAAAACUGGAGCUGUUAAAAGCUGGAGCUGGUGGUUGAGUUGUGGGAGGUUUGCACUGCAGGGCUUGACCCCUGAAGGAGCUCAGGGUGACAUUGCCACUGCUGCCAUCGGUUUUUCUGGAUGGGGCUGGAAUUGUUGCCAUCACAGUGACAGGGUGGAGUGAGAAGUGGCAGUGUGGUGACGCUGGUCACCUCCUAUACCUCGUGCUGUGUCUUUAUUUGAAACAGGAGCUGCUUGGCCUGAUCGUGCUGUCACCUUUUAGCCACUUUCCUGUGUAUCCAAGUGACCAGACUUGAAUUCUCUGAGGGCUGACUUGGAGAUCAGGCUGUGGCUCAUGCAGUGUCAGUUUGGUUCUUGUUAAGCUUUUCUGCCUCGUUCUGCUUGUACCACCUGUACCCCUGGAAUUGUUUCCUCCCAGGAUGAGCUUCUAAGGCUCGUCUCCUGCCCAUGCUGUCCCCAGAGAGGGCACACAGCUUUCUCCAGCAUGCACAGGGAGGGGACACUGCCCUGGCAGGGCUCACCUGGGCAGGAGUCUCAGGUGCCCCAGCUGCUCCCACGGCCUGCACAAGGGGUGGUUUGGGCCCUCUGGGCUGCCUGGGGAGGGUGAGAAGGGAAGUGGCUGAGGAGAGCAGGGUGAGGCUGUGUCCCCUGUGCUCCUGAGCUCACUGCUGGGGAAGGGCCGUGUCCAGGCCGCUCCCUCCUGCCAUGGCUGUGCUUUCCUCCGUUCAGUGUGACAAUCCAGAGAAGCCAUCGACCUCCCCGUGUCCCAGCCUCCCCCUUGCCGCCAGAUGCCACCACGGUGUUCCCAGCCCGGGUUGCUGCGUGCUGUGACAGAGCCUGAGCAAAACCUGAGCUCCCUCUGGACGGGAUCGGCAGCUCUGGGGCAGCCCCAGCCCCUCUGCAGAGUUGAAAGUUGUCCUGGAAACACGGGGAGGGGAGGGCUGGAAUGAUGACAAGGCCUGGGUCCAUUGAACUCCUGUGUGGGCACACAUGCAGCAGGCCUGGGUGUGCUGCCCUGCUCGGGGGUGACAUCCUGUGCCUGUCUCUGUGCCCUGAUGUUCGCUCUGCACGCGCUGUGCUUCUGGAUCACCAUCGAGGAGGGAGCUCAGAGCAUCCAGGCCCUGCCCCUCAGUGGGCUUUUGUUGCUUUUCUUUGAGUGCCUUUUGAGUUUGUCUGGAGCCAGUCCCACCCAAUCCAGCAGGAUUUCUAGUUUUGUUUACAGUGGACUGUCAAGUUUUGUUUUUACUCUUGCUCUUUGUGGCGGUAACUUGUCUGAUGUUACUGUGAAUAUCAAGAAUCUCCUGUACAUAAUUAACCAAUAAAAUAGAUUGCAUUUUA